UGAAACCCGAUGUGAUGAGCGAGCGAGUGCCCCAUCACGACCAUGUUCUUCCGGUCACCCCUCGGAAAAGCCUCACAUUGUUAUCACUUCGGGAUACUGAUGGUGAUAGAAGGAGCAUGUCCAAGUGCAAGUUGCAUGUGUCUGGACCGAUAAAAAGGUUCUUGUGUACAUCACUCAUUCACAAGUAAGUGUACUUGGAUCACAGCUACAAUGAAUUGAAUGGUAAGAAAACACAUCUCCACCACUCCCACCAUCAACACUACCACCAUUGGGGCACCGCCUCAUUUUCCGCCCUUUUCUUCU